AAAAAAACGUCAUUAAGUUUUGAUCCUUCUUUUACCAUUUUAACAUGAGUGUACUUGUUCACUUUCUGGGCAAUAUAGUAGAAUCAUGAACAUAAAGAUGCCUUGACUUAAGUGAUCCUGUUCGUUCCAGUGCUGUGAUCCCUGCUCAAAUGUAAAUGUCUGUACUUGUUAUGUCUUAUGUCUGUUUCAACUUUCCAACAUCUGCCUUUCAGGUUUGAAUUUCUUACAUUGUUGCAGUGAAAUAUUGUUUUCAGGACAUUUUCAUUAUUAUUUACUCUGUACAGGUAUAACUUACCAAUACAUUUUCUCAUCAUCUACUUGUCUGUGUGAAGGAUCGUAAGGGGUGUCCUCUGGUGCUUGUGUGACAUAUUGGCAAAACUUUCCAACACUCUCACUUAUUUCCAAGGAAUUUCUAUUGUAUCUGUGCACUUGUUGGAUUUGCUAUUUAAAAUAUAUAAAUUAAUGUGCUGAGUAACUUAAAAUAUUCAACUUUGAUAAACUGUUGUUCUAAUGGAAUUAGUAAUUUUUUAAAUAGUGAUACUUGAGAACUGAGAAGUAAAGAGUGUAAAAUUGUUGUGAUAGUUAGAUGUACUUACGUUUAAAUGUGGAUGUCUAAUGUAUUGAAGACUUAUGUUAUUUUUGUAAUGGUUAUGAUGAAUUGCCUCCUCACAAAAGGUAACAGAUUUUGGAUUCGCCAAGAGGGUGAAAGGCAGAACAUGGACCCUUUGUGGAACACCAGAGUAUCUAGCACCAGAAAUUAUUCUAAGCAAGGGCUACAACAAAGCAGUUGACUGGUGGGCCCUAGGAGUUCUAGUCUAUGAAAUGGCAGCAGGUUACCCACCUUUCUUUGCAGACCAACCUAUCCAAAUCUAUGAGAAAAUUGUGUCAGGCAAGGUGAGGUUCCCAUCCCACUUCAGUUCAGAUUUGAAAGAUCUACUGCGGAAUUUACUUCAAGUUGACUUGACCAAGCGCUAUGGAAAUCUGAAGAAUGGUGUAAAUGAUAUCAAGAACCACAAAUGGUUUGCCACAACAGACUGGAUUGCCAUUUAUCAAAAGAAGGUUGAAGCACCUUUCAUUCCCAAGUGCAAAGGUCCAGGGGAUGCUAGUAAUUUUGAUGAUUAUGAGGAGGAACCACUUAGGAUUUCUUCGACGGAGAAAUGUGCAAAGGAGUUUGCAGACUUUUAGACAAUUAAUUUGAUGGGAAAAAAUUACAGAUUGUAGUAUCUUUCUUGUCAUGCACCUUACACUGACUGUCACCUGGCAUUAUUGUGAUGACCUGAUGGUGAUGCACCAGUUAUUGACUUUCUCUACGAAGGUGCAAUAUUUUCUUCAGAGUAAUUUGAUCUGGAAUGUUCCCUGAUAAAUUUUACAGAAAGGCGGCCUAAAUGUGAAAGAUAGAGGUGGUAGGUUGUUGUUGAUUUCUGCUGAAAUUUCUGUCCAGAUGUGCAUGUGAGCUGUUACAAUUUACACCAUUUACAGUAGCCUUGCUGCUAAUAUCAGUGAGAAAUUUCCUUCUCCCCUAAGCAAUUAGAUGUAAAAUCAUUUCUGUCUAAAAAUAAAUCGGAAAUAUCUAGUAUUCAAGAAUACCUCAGGUGAGAAUCUGUCUUUAAAAGGCAUUUGCACAUUUUCAAGAAAUAUAUAUGUAUACAGUCAUAAUAUAUAAACCUAGUGUUCAAGCCAAAUAAUAGACCACUCAUCUUAUUGAAUCAAUGUCAUUUUUCCCUUCUUGUAUAAUGUGAAUAUGACACCCAAGACAAAGUUUUGGUAAAUUCUAGGCAGAUGAAUCCAAUAAAUAGUCUAGACAUUCGAUUAAAUGUUAAUAAAAUUUUUGAUUGAUAAGUUGUAUACAUGGAGCUAUAAGUCUUACAUAUUGUUAUAAGUUAAGUACAAUCUCUUAUGUUCACAUUAUUAUUUUAGAAUGAAAAAUGAAUAAUUCAGUUUUCAAAGAAGAAAAUGAUAACAGUUUAGUUUUAUACACCAUACAAGAUAGAUAUUAUUUACUUAAAUGUGAAUUAGUAAUAGACAUAGUAGUAGUCUAAUCAACUGGUGCCUAAAUUGUUCUCCUUCAUCCAAGGAGACCUCUGCGACUUACCAACAGCAGGAAAAAAGUUUAUAUAAGAUGACCAAAGUAAAAUGGUUAGAAAUUAUUGGUUGUGCAUGUUAUCUAGUCUCGAUUUUUAUGCUUGGUCUUUUGAAAAAAAAUUAGUUGUCAGCUUUGUAAAUACCGUAGUUUGAAAAAAAAAUGGUGUAAAACCAUCAGUAAGGUUCAAAUGUAUAUUUUAUUGCUUUAACUAUGUUGUAAUACUUUCAUUCAUUUUUGUCAGGUCCCAGUUUUUUUCCUCCAAGCCAAAGGUUAUACCACUGUUGUAAUAGAACAUACAAGGCUUCUAGUCACAUGUAUGUGGAGAACAUUUUGAACAACAGUAUGGUUCUUUUUAUCAGUAGCCAAAAUGUUCGUUGAUAAUUUCUCUUGCCAAUUGAGCUAUAGAUAAUGUUUUUCAAAAGCGUAUUUAAGAAAAAGCUUGCUUUGCAGUGGUGGCAACCAUAAUGCCACUACAUUUGUGCAGUCUUUUUUCUAAUCAUAAGGAGUGACGACAUAUAUGAGGAAAGUUUUUAGUAUAAAAGGGCUAUUUGAUGUGUGCUCACUCAGUGAUGUUAAUUGUAUAUUCUGUCAAUAUUGUUCUGAUUAAUUACAGUUAGUUGCCGUAUUUACGGUAAUAUUCAUGUAUUACUUUUUAAUGAUGUCAAUAAAAUGUUUUAUGAAUGUA